AUGUUGCUUUUAUAUUUUUUUUUCUCACUUUUGGCUUUUAUUCAACCCAGUGCUCAAAUAACAUAUUUGUGUAACUCAACUGCAGCAUGUGGAUGUUCGACAAAUCCAGUAUUAGUUACAAAGAUUGUCGGAGGAGAAACGGCAUCUAUAAAUACAUGGGGUUGGAUUGUAUCUCUUUUCAUUAACCAAGCGUGGAUGUGUGGUGGUACAAUAUUAUCAAGUUCUUGGAUUCUCACAGCAGCACAUUGUGUUGAAGAUGUGCAGAAUCCUUCGCUAGUAUUAAUAUCUGCUGCAACAGAUCAGUUGUUUGGUUGGAAACAAUCGCGAUCGGCAUCUACUGUUAUUAUACAUCCACAGUAUAAUGGUAGUAUGUUUGAAAAUGAUAUUGCUUUAAUUAAAGUCUCAGCACCAUUCAAUAUGACAGAUCUAAGUAUUUCAAAAAUAUGUUUACCAAUCUCGACAACAGAAGAUUAUCCACCAAUAAGCUCAACACUUGUAGCGAUUGGCUGGGGAGACUUGACGGAACAUGGUAUUAUAUCUGAAACGCUUCAACAAGUGACACUUCAACGUAUUAGAUAUGAAAAUGUUGCAUGUUAUCGACUAGUUCGUAAUGCAACAAUGCAAUUUUGUGCAAGUGAUCCUAACGGUGGUAAAGAUACAUGUAGUGGUGACUCUGGUGGUCCUCUGAUGAUGUUCACAUCAAGUCAACAAUGGGCUAUAGUUGGUAUUACAUCAUAUGGAUAUGGAUGUGCACAUGCAAACUUUGCUGGUGUUUAUACUCGCGUUGUUUACUAUUUGGAUUGGAUUCGUUCAAUGACUGGAACUGAUGCAAUAACGGUUGACGUUGUUACAAACACUACGAUGACAGCAACACUGAUAACUAAUACACUAAAUUCAACAAAUGGCAGUUUAUCUUGUUAUCCACUUUUUUAUGUACAAUAUAUUAUAGCACCAAUCCUAUUCUAUUUUAUCUUUAUUUUAUCAUAA